AUGGGGAGCAGCUUGUCCGGGACGGCCGGGAGCUUCCUGGGACGCAAGCCGUCUCUCGUCUUCGCACUCUUUCCUUACAUCAUCGGGUGGAUCCUGGUCGCUUUCCCCUUCGACCUGGCCACGUUCUUCGCCGGUCGGUUCCUCAUGGGUUUUGGGGCAGAUCUUCGCACUUCUAUCGUUCAGGUGUACCUCGGUGAAAUCGCGCACCCUUCCCUCAGGGGGAUGCUGGCUUCUCUCCCGAUGACGAUGAUGUGUUUGGGCACCGUCAUUUCGACCGGGAUCGCUUCCUGCUUACACUGGAAGACGGUGGCUCUCGUGUUCGUCUUCGUUCCUCUCUUCAAUCUCUUUCUUCUCUUCUUCGUCCCCGAAUCUCCUGCCUGGCUGGCGUCGAAGGGGAGGAUCGAGGAGGCUCGCGAGGUUCUCGAGAGUCUCCAUCGAGAUGACGUCGACGAGGAGAUGAAGGGCCUGCAGGCGUCUCUGAAGGGCGAGGGGAACACGGGGAAACCGAAGUUGCGGGAACUGCUCCGGUGGAACUACAUGAAACCGGUGACGAUCACGGCGGCCGUGACCGUUCUCAGGCAAUUCACUGGUGUCUACGUCAUCUUGUUCUUCACCGUCGACAUCUUCACUACCGUCGGGUCUUCCAUCUCGCCCAAUCUCGCUACCAUCAUCGUCUCUCUCGUUCAACUUCUCUUUCAGUUGACCUCGGGAUUCCUGUUCGAUCGGGUGGGUCGGAAGAAACUGUCCAUCUUCUCCAGCUUCUGCAUGGCGGUUUCCAUGGCCGUCUGCGGCGGCUUCUACUACUUCCACGCCGCCGAUUCUCAGGCGGAGGUUCUGAGCUCGAGUCCCAUGGGUUGGCUCCCCCUCGCAUGCCUCAGCACCUUCAUGCUCGGCUUCUUCUCCGGGAUCUCCGCCUUGGGCUCGCUGAUGAUCUCCGAGCUUCUCCCCGCCCCGGUCAGGGAUCAAGCCGCAGGAUUCCUUCUCUGCCUCAACAACGUCAGCAUGUUCCUCGUCGUGGAGACUUUCAUCUACCUCCAACGCCUCCUGGCUCUCCACGGCACCUUCUGGCUCUACUCGACGGCGAGUCUCGUCCUCGGCUGCUUCUGCAUCUUUUAUCUUCCCGAGACGAAGGGAGUCUCUCUUCACGAGAUCCAGAGGAUCAUGACCGAGACGAGGCUGGCAUCGGAGACGGACGAGACGGAGAACGAGAACGCCUGAUGGAACUUCUGGGUUCUUCGUGCGAUUUGCUCUCGUAGCCGAUGUGAUUCGUUUUUGAGUCGUUGCUCCCGUUCUGGUUUCAUUCGGGC